GUAUUACUGCAUUUGUAGAAGUUUGGUCAUCUAACAGAACAGAAGAUUACUCGAAAACCUUUGAACAGCAACUUCUUCAUAUGGGAGCAAAAGUUUCAAAAACUUUGAACAAGCACGUGACCCAUGUCGUCUUCAAAGAUGGACGUUUGUCUACGUGGAGUAAAGCACAGAAGAUGGGUGUAAAACUAGUUUCAGUACUCUGGGUGGAGAAGUGUCGAGAAACCGGACUGCAUGUUGAUGAAUCCUUAUUUCCUGCAGUAGACACAAAUGAAGGAUUAUCGUUUCUGACCAAAAAACACAAAUGUAUGCAGCCAAAAGACUUUGUUGAAAAAAAUCCAGGAAAUGAUAGAAAGCUACAGAGAAGACUGGACAAGAUGGCUAAAGAAUUAGCUGUACAAAAGACAGCAAUUAAUGCUGAAACUGAUGUUUCAGUUUUACUAUUUGAAGACAAUGGUUCGCUUGUGUACAGCCCUGUCAAUAUGAUAAAAGGUCAAUGCAGUUUAAUGGAAAGAAGAAUAAAGGACAUGAAAGAAAAAAGAGAAAAUCUUUCUCCUACUGCUUCGCAAAUGUCUCAAAUACCUCCAAGCAGUUCACCAGGAGACUGCCCACUGUCUACUCGUGUCUUAACAAGUUCAGAAGAUACAUUGUCACCAGGACAACAAAUGGAAGACUCUUUGAACUCAAGUUAUGACUAUCUUUGGGAAACUGGUAAAAUAAAAAGGCAGAAAAAGGAGGUAGUAAAACACUCUUGUGAUACUUGGACCAAUACUGCUGUAUCCAUGGGUGAAUCAGUGACUUCUCCCUCACCUAGCUAUGGGCAGAAGAGCUUAACACCAAAACAAUAUACGAGAAAAAGUCUAGGUGAUGAAAAUGAAGUUUCAGAGUGUCAUGUUACUGAUGGCUCUUGCAAAGUUUUUAAUGAACAAAGGAAUAAGAACAGUGGGGGGUUAAGAAAAAAUAGAAGACUUCAAAAGCCUACAAGGACAUUAGUUAUGACCAGUAUGUCAUCUGAGAAGCAAAAUACAGUAAUUCAGGUGGUGAAAAAACUUGGAGAGUUUUUGUUCUCAGAUGGUGUAUGUGAAACCACAAGUCAUGUAGUUGCAGGGAGUCCUCGUCGUACCUUGAAUGUUAUGCUGGGAAUUGCCCGUGGGUGUUGGAUUGUUUCUUAUGAAUGGGUUCUGUGGUCUUUGGAAGUGGGCCAUUGGAUCUCAGAGGAACCAUAUGAGCUUUCAUCCAUCUUCCCUGCAGCUCCUGAAUGA